AUGUGGUCCAGUAGGACCUGCGAGCCGUAUAUGUCAUUGACAGUUCAUUUUAUCGAGGACUGGAGAAUGGAGUCGGCGUGCCUCCAAACCAGCUACUUUCCUCAAGAUCACACCGGAGAGCACAUCGCUGAAGCCCUGCAGGAUGCGCUCUCAAACUGGAAGCUGGAGGAAAAGCGGCUGGUGGCCAUAACCACCGACAACGGGAGCAACGUUGUUAAAGCGGCCCAACUGCUAAAAUGGCUGAGGAUGCAAUGCUUUGGUCACCGACUUCAUUUGGCCAUUGGACAUGGCAUGGAUGAUCACCGCAUCACAAGGUGCAUUGCGCUGUGCAAGAAAAUGGUCAGCAGCUUUUCCUAUAGCUGGAAACGGAGGAGAGAAUUGGCUGAGGUGCAGAUUCAGCUGGGUCUACCGACUCACCAGCUCAUCACAGAGUCAGCCACACGUUGGGGAUCGAGACAGCAGAUGAUCAGCAGGGUCCUGGAGCAAGAGGCAGCCCUCUCCAAAGUCCUGUUUGCUGACAAGAAGUCGAGACAUCUUGUCCUUAACUGGCAGGACGUAGAGGUCCUGCAGGCAGUCCAGAAAGUCCUGAAGCCCCUUCAUGACUUCACAGACGCUCUCUCCGGUGAAGAGUAUGUCACCCUCUCCUACGUCAGGCCUGUGCUACACCUCUUCAACUCAAGUCUCCUAAUACAGGAAGAGGAUGAUAGUGAGCUGUGUAGGUCGAUCAAGACCAGAAUCUUGGAUUACCUUAAUGCCAAGUAUGCUGACCCAGACACAAGUGACCUUUUGGAUAUGGCAUCACUUGCGGAUCCACGUUUCAGGGUCCAAUACAUCCCAGGUGAAAGAGUUGAGGCACUGAAACACAGAGCUGUGUUGGAGGUGGAGGCCUUGCAGGCUGAUUUGGGCGGCAGUAAGCCGGACCCGGCUGGCCCUGUGCCAGAGGAACCAGGAAUGCCACCACCAUCCACAAAGAAGAAGUCACUGGCCAGCUUCUUCAAGCAGAGCACAGCCACCAACACCAGGCUGACACAGAGGGAGGCGAUUGAAACUGUAGGAGAAGAAAAAUCUUAA